AAUGAGAAACCUAACCCUAGGUAUCCCCCCUUCCCCCAUUGCCUCACUGGCUCACUGUCAUUGCCCUCACCUCACAUCUCUGAUCUCCCUAAUGGCAGUAAUGCAGUAUCUUUGAAGUCACCACUCACCAGUCACCGCCGAUACCCCCCUCAGCCAACCUCGUCUCUCCGUCACCCUCGUCGUCACUCUCCGCGGCGUCGUUCCUUCUCCCGGCCGUCACUGCUUCUCCCCUCACCUCGCCGUGCUCUGAGUUCAUCAAUCGGCCUCAUCAGUCAACGCCGAAGUCACCAGUCACCGCCGAAUCGCCGAUACCCCCCCUCAGCCAACCUCGUCUCUCCGUCACCCUCGUCGUCACUCUCCGUGGCGUCAUUCCUUCUCCCGGCCGUCACUGCUUCUUCCCUCACCUCGCCGUGUUCGUUGCUAUAUUGGUCGUUUGUGGGUUGUGCUUCUUGUGCUUCUGCUUCGCUGCUUUUGCUUCUGUUCUUUCUCGGUGCCUCACCUGGUCCUCAGAAAGCUCAGAGCCUGUGCUCCCUCAGAAUUGAAUAUUAAGUUGACAAGUGAGAAGAGAAUAUAUUCUAAUGCUGAAGAUGAUUUUGGAAGACAAUCUACACUGCGUGAACAAAGCACAGUGAUGCCAGACCAAUGGUGGGAAUCUUAUGGAACUGGAGCACCAAAUUUACAAAAGUUAGCCAUUCGUGUUUUAAGUCAAACUUGUAGUUCUUCUGAUUGUGAGCGAAAUUGGAGUAUUUUUGAACACAUCCACACAAAGUAGAGGAAUCGGUUAGAACAUCAAAAACUUAAUGAUCUUGUUUUCGUUCAUUAUAACUUGAUGCUACAACAAAGGAAUCUAAUGAGAAAGCAAAGUUAUGAUCCAAUUUGUCUUGAUACAUUUGAUGACCAUUCGGAUUGGAUAUUGGAAGAUUCACUACCGUUUUUAACUCCUGAAGAGGUUGAUGCUCUACGAAAUGAUUUGGCAAAUAUGUCCAUUGAACCAACUUUGAAUGAUCUUGAUCAAUUAAAUUUGGAAGAUGAUCAAGAUAAUGAUGGACCAAGUAACAAUGCUAUGGAAGAUAUGGAUACAAAUCAAAAUGAGGAAAAUGUUGAUCAAGCUCCUAAUUUGCCCUAUGAAGAUGAUGCCGACUUUGAACUCACCCUUUGGACUUGAUUUAAUGAUUGUGUUAUCUUUAACUUGUUCUUGUUGAUUUAAAUUGAUAACAUAUUUUAUACUAGAAAUAAGUUUAUUAACUCUUCUUUUAGAUUAUUAAUUAUGUUUAAGACUUGA